UUUGGCUCAAGUCUGCCUCAAACAAUUGCGGCUUGCAAUCGUCGCGCUCGAGCAGGAAGGUUCACUUCGACUUUCGUCGAACUCCUCAGCCAGCCAGCCAUGAUUCCAGUUUUCUUAUGUUUCUUGUUUCCGUUUGUCUUGCCCCCAUCUUUUGUCAACCUGCUGUUCGGCUAUUCGUUCUUGCAGUUCAGUCCAUACUUCAUGCUGUUGGUGGGCAUGGCCAUGUGCUAUUUUCCCUUUGGCCUCAUCUUGAUUUCGAAAAUACAGAUACGAGGCGACGACAAUGGACCAGACAAUGUCGACCCGCGCGCGGUGACCGAGAAGUUGGCACAGGACAGCGCCUACAUUCGGCAUUGCAAGGCCGCGCAUGAAAACAUGCUCGAGGGGUUUGCCUUCUUCGUCGCAGGAGUGCUCGGCGCCCUUCAAGCUGGAGUCGAACCAGCAACCGUUUCAUCGUAUUGUAUGUUUUGGUUCAUCGUUCGUUCUACCUACAUCGGCUGCUACGCCUUCAACAAUGAUAGCGUGGCCGUCUCCGCCGUGCGCACAGGGAUGUUCUUUGUCGUUCUCGGUAUCCAAGGCCGGCUCAUGUACGAAGCCGCGUGGGCUUCAACGGGCGGUUCGCUCAUGCUGAGGUGA